AUGCACCGUCCAAUCGCCGAUUUCCUCGCCAACACUGCCAGCGAGGAGGUCACUGACGCCGAAGAGGAGGCCUUCCUGCUAUUCAGCCAGGAGAUCCCCACUACCAACCUAGGGUUCGUCGACUCUCGCGCUUCGUCCCUUGACGUGACCAUCCGUGGCAACGAGUACACCGUUCAUCAAUCCCCCACUCUACUUUCUUCUUCGCGAGCUGGAGGUACUACCGGUGCUGUUCUCUGGAAAAUCACGCCUCGUUUUGCGGAAUGGAUCUCCUCCCCAACAAAUCCUCUCUGGACACAUUCCCUUCUAUCUUCUGGCUCGGUGGUGGCUGAACUGGGCUGUGGCAUCUCGGCGCUGGUAGCCUUGGCCUUGGCUCCCUCAGUUCAACAUUACCUCGCCACUGACCAAGAAUACGUACGGCGCGUCUUCAGGACUAACCUCGACGCCAACGCCUCCGUCACUCCAGCUGCAUCGGCAUCUGGGAAGCAGAAAGGCAGCAAAACCAGAGGCAGUAGUAGGUCGACGUCCAAGGGUAAGCAGUCCUCCAAGGCCGCGACAAGCAAUAUCACAUUUACCACGCUGGACUGGGAGCUUGAUCAGCCAGAGCUGUUGAAGGGCUGUAUCGAGUCCGAGUCUGGCGGGCAUUCUGGAUCUGAGGAAGGUGAAGAAGAGGAUCGAGGCUUCGACCUUCUUCUUUCCUGUGAUUGCAUCUACAAUGAAGCUUUAGUUGCCCCAUUCGUGCGCACCUGUGCCGAGAUAUGCCGUCUGCGGCCAGCGUACGACUCCUCCGAUGAGCAGACGUCGCGGUCCCGUCCUCAACCGACGAUUUGCAUCAUUGCGCAGCAGCAGCGAGCGCCUGAUGUAUUCGAGACGUGGUUAAGGGAGACGCUGCGCGAAUUCCGGGUCUGGCGACUCAGUGAUGAAGUGCUGGGUGAUGGACUGAAGGGAGGUACCGGGUAUCUGGUGCACCUCCUGCUGGCGAGGGAGAAGAGUUUAUUUCCCAGUGGUGGAACAUAA